UAAUCGGAGCAUGUCAAAUAAAGAAAUACCCGAAAUCCAUAAACUUAACGGGUGCCAUAUAAAUAUAGAUUUAGCAUCCUCGAAACCCUAGACAUCACAGAGUACGCAUCCAGUGCCUCACGAAGAAUAGAGUUUUGCUUCUGAUCAAUCUGUAACCAUGGCGGAUGUUGACGGUGAUGUUGCUGCUCCUGGACAGCCAAAGAAGAGAACGUUUAAGAAGUUUAGUUUCAGAGGAGUUGAUUUGGAUGCUCUUUUGGAUAUGUCUACUGAUGAGCUUGUUAAACUUUUUACCGCACGUGCUCGCAGAAGGUUUCAGCGUGGUUUGAAGAGGAAGCCAAUGGCUCUCAUCAAGAAGCUUCGCAAGGCGAAAAGAGAGGCACCACCUGGUGAGAAGCCUGAGCCUGUCAGGACUCAUCUCCGCAACAUGAUCAUAGUGCCUGAAAUGAUUGGAAGUGUUAUUGGUGUCUACAAUGGCAAGACCUUUAAUCAGGUUGAAAUUAAGCCUGAAAUGAUAGGCCAUUAUUUGGCCGAGUUCUCAAUCUCCUACAAGCCUGUUAAGCAUGGAAGACCUGGUAUUGGUGCUACCCACUCGUCGAGGUUCAUUCCACUCAAGUGAAGAUUUUGCAAAGUUCACAAACUAGUGGCCCCAUGGAAGUGCGUCAGUAUCUUAGAAAUGAUUUGCCAUAUGUUUUGUUGCCUUUUGUUUUGACAGUGUUUCCUUAUUAUGUUGUACCAAAGGUUGGCAAGUCUAGUCUAGCUAGAAUGUUCUUUGGGUUAAUUCAUUCGAAAUUAUACACUUGAUUUUGAUUUGAGAAAGAAAAAUGAUUGUUAGUUGA